AUAUAAUUGUUUUUCCCUUGGAAACAUACGUCGUCACUCAACUUGGAGAACGGGGAAAGAGAGGAGAGGAGGAGGAGUAGACUGAGGAGGACGAAUUCGACUCGGAGUUUUGGACUCGGCCAUUUGGGUUUGGCACCUGUUCCUUCCCCUAAGGCCCAAUCUUGCCGUCCGGCGGUUUUUCUUGGGAUUUCUUUGGUGGAAGUGGAACCCUCGGUGGAUGGUCGCUUGGGAGCCAGGCAUUUGAUUCGAUUUUAAGUGGUCCAGUUUCAGGCGAUUGGAGGAGCUGCUGGCUGCUGCUGCUGUUCCUCGGGCGUGGAUUUUCUCGAGGUGUAGUGAAGCUGUCCUGCUGUCAUAGGUUUAAAAACAAUUCAAAUUGCCUGGCCUUGGAGAUCGUCAUCUGUCUCAAGUCAAAGCAGCUGUAUUUCUGGCAAACACAACGAGCUAGUUUCAUAUGCAGCGUUCAGUUGAUGGCUGCUCAUCCUGUUGAAUCAGAAGCAGACAGUGAAACAGACAAUCACCCUUUACUGAUAGACCACAUGGAAAAUACUGCUCAUCGUGAGAUUGCAAUUGACAGCCCAAGGGAUGAUGUUGCUUCUUCGUCAACCGCUCGUCGGGAGGAUAAUGAUGGCUUGGAUCGAUUGCCUCGUAUAUCAGAAAGUUUUUCGGAGACAACUACUGCAUCUAACUCUCAAAGUGCUCCUCUAGCAAGAAGAGAUGCUAAUCGUGCUCGUCGACAGCAAAGUCCGUUGAAUUCUAGUUGCUGGAUCUCCAUUGAGCUUGUUGUAACAGUUAGCCAGAUUAUAGCGGCCAUUUGUGUUCUGUCAUUGUCAAGGAAGGAACAUCCACAUUCUCCAUUGUUUGAGUGGGUCAUUGGUUAUACCGUAGGUUGUGUUGCUACUCUUCCUCUUCUCUACUGGCGCUAUCUCCAUCGCAACCGCCCAACAACUGGACAGGAACCAGCAAGUCAGAACUUCCCUCCGAACAGCAUACCUGAGUCCAAUUCUCACACAACAAGUUCGGCCCCUGGCAUGUCUGAAGCUGGUUUUGUAACUGAAACAAAUGGAGUCUCGCAAAAUAACAUGCUUACCCGAAAUCCCAGGGCCCAAGUUUAUGCCGAUCACUUCAGGAUGGCCCUUGACUGUUUCUUCGCCGUGUGGUUUGUUGUGGGGAAUGUGUGGGUAUUUGGUGGACAUUCCUCUGCCCAUGACGCUCCCAACUUAUAUAGGUUGUGCAUAGCCUUCCUCACAUUUAGCUGCAUCGGCUAUGCUAUGCCUUUCAUUCUGUGCGCAUUGAUAUGUUGCUGCCUGCCCUGCAUAAUCUCCCUAAUGAGCUUUCGUGAAGAUCUAAACCAAAACAAAGGUGCUAGUGCAGAAGCAAUCAAUGCCUUGAGAACAUACAAGUUCAAAACGAAGAAGUCCCGUAACGGCGAGGGGAUUGAAGUCGGCGGCGGAGUUGUUGCUGCUGGAACAAACAAGGAGCGGAUUGUUUCUGCUGAAGAUGCUGUUUGCUGUAUCUGCCUAGCAAGAUACUCGAACAAUGAUGAUCUCCGAGAGCUUCCUUGCACCCACUUCUUCCACAAAGAAUGCGUAGACAAAUGGCUCAAGAUAAACGCGCUGUGCCCCCUCUGCAAAGCUGAAAUAGACAGUGGCCCUACAACUGCUCCAGCCAUUGGCUUUGGGCGUCGCCACAGUGACAACAGGGUAGGAAAUGACAUCGAAUCGCAGCUGUAACUCUGCAUUAUGCAUUGAGGGUGCAAAAUGUCCCUGAUGUGGCUUCCACAGUGCAAUUUGUAAAUUAUAAAGUGAAGUAGUUGACAAAAUGUACGGGCCCUUAUAUUAUCGAACCAGUUCUUCGCUGUCUGAUUACUGCUUCAUUGUCAAAAUCUGUUCUGAAGAUGGUAAUUCAGGUUAUUGGACAUGAA